GUCUAUCAUUGUACGGCAUGUGAUAAGAUGUCUCUAAACAAACUGCUCAGUCCAAAUGACCAUCCAGACUUGGCGGAAGAACGUCGAAGAGCAACGUUCAACACAGAUGAGAUGUCUGCAAUCAUCUGGGAAAAUAAACAGAACUGGCUUCGCCGUCGCGAAAUUAGCAAGAUCGUCGCCGAGCAUCCAGAACUACACGAUCCUUGCAGUCAAGCUUACAUGACCAGAGCCGAGGAGGUCGAGAAUGCAGCUAGAAAAGCAACCACUAUGAUCAGAAAGUUAGGCGAGCUGGGCAUAAGCCCGUUUGAAGGAGAGGACAUCUUUCACUUGACAAACGAAGUCAUUGGCAUCAGAGGUCAUCCCCUAGCUAUUCAUGCUGUGAUGUUCAUACCUUCCUUGCAAGCUCAUUGCUCAGACGAGCAAAUGCAUUUUCUUGAAAUGGCAAUGUCGAUGCAAAUUAUUGGAACCUAUGCCCAAACUGAGCUGGGUCACGGCACAAACCUCCAAAAACUCGAAACUACGGCUACAUACGAUGCAAAGACGCAAGAAUUUGUUCUACAUAGCCCAACGACCACAUCAAUGAAAUGGUGGCCCGGCAAUUUAGGACUAAGUGCUAAUUACGCUAUAGUGGUUGCCAUCCUCAUGAUUGACGGCAAAAAUUACGGACCACAUCAUUUUGUGGCGCAGCUACGAGAUCUGAAAACACACAUGCCUUUGAAGGGAGUGACUGUUGGCGAUAUUGGACCAAAAAUGGCGUAUGACAGCUCCGACAACGGAUUUUUGCGGCUUGAUCAUUACCGUAUACCUCGCUUGAAUAUGCUCAUGAAACACAGCAGGGUAGCCCCCGACGGCACCUAUACCCGUCCCCCGCAUGCCAAAAUGAGCUACUCGGCCAUGGUCCAUGUCAGAUCACACAUGGUCCGACAUCAAGCGAUGUUCUCUGCUUAUGCGAUGACAACCGCAAUUCGUUAUUCAGCUAUACGACGUCAAGGAGAGAUUACGCCAGGCGCUGGUGAAGUGAAAAUUCUGGAUUAUCAGACACAGCAAUAUCGUUUGUUACCGCAAUUGGCUCGUACCUUCGCUUUUCUGUUUACCGGACAAGCAGUGAAGAAUAUUUACAUGAGAGUACAGAAGGAUAUGGCCAAGGGAAAGGUGGAUGAGAUGGCAGAGUUGCACUAUGUCACGUCAGGUUUGAAAGCAACCGUAACCCAUUUAUCUGGCGAGAUAAUCGAGCAGUCGAGAAUGAGCUGUGGAGGACACGGAUACUCGAAAGCUACUAAUUUUUCGGAAAUAUAUGGUGUUGCCAUCGCUGGCUGUACCUAUGAAGGCGAGAAUAUGGUAAUGCUUCAGCAAUUGGCUAGAUAUCUCAUGAGGGCUGCACAGGCGGCUACAACUGGACACAGUCUGUCCUCUUUGACAGAUUAUCUAGUGAAACCGUGCGAAAAGCAUUCACUAAUUGACAAACACCCAGAUAAAACUUACUCCCAUCACAUUUCGGCUUUCGAAUGGGCUGCAAGACGUCAAAUAAUCAAAGCCUACGAAAGGCUAGUGUCACUAAAGAAUCAAGGCCUUUCCAAUGAAGAAGCAUGGAACCAAAAUGCUGUCGAACUGAACAGGGCAUCUCGGCUUCACACUCGACUGUACAUCGCGCAGAAAUUCUAUGAUAAAGUUCAGACAAUAGUGGACGGCCCAUGUAGAGCCGUAUUGGAAGACCUGCUUCACCUUCAUCUCAACUAUGAACUUAUCGAUAUGGCUUACUACUUACUUGAAGAUAAUUAUUUGACUGGUCAACAGUUGAAUCACCUGAAAGAAGAUAUGUAUCGAUUACUUCAAAAAUUACGCCCCAAUGCUGUAUCGUUAGUGGAUGCAUGGGACUACUCAGAUCAUGAACUUCGAUCGGUUCUUGGACGAAGAGAUGGGCACGUCUAUGAAAAUCUGUAUAAAUGGGCACAAGCUAGCGAACUAAAUAGGACACAAGUCCCGCCAUCAUUUGAGAAAUAUUUGAAACCAAUGAUGGAAGAAGCCAGAAAAAUGAGUAAACUAUAAAUGUGCUAUAAAUUGUAAUUUCCCAACAAUGGAAAUAAAUAUAUAAAAGCUCC